AUGGAGGCUAGCAUGCAAUUAUCGGGGACAAAGGGGUUUAAGAAAAGCUACGUGGUUCAGGUCACAGCGAAGGGCCUGCUCAAUCCGGGGCUACUCAACGCCAAAUUGCCCCACUUCUCUGAGGUAGCGACUAAAACCGUAAAAAAAGUUAAGAAGUUAUUGAAAGCAGACUGGGACGCCUUUUGGGACGAAUGUCUGCCAGUAUGGAUUGAACUGGGCUUUUCUCGCGAUCAUGUAAAUGCAAUACUGCGUGACGCUAACUACCGCGACGAAGAUGUGUCUUAUGUUUUGGCUAAAUACGACAAACUCUGGUAUAUAACGAAGAUGGAGUCAAAGCUAAGAAUCUUGCCCCCCGACUUUGAUGCCGCAUCACUUCCCUAUAAUUUUAUCAUUUCAGAAGACAUUCGUGCCGCCGAAUUGAUCAUUAGCGCAAUCAAUAUACAGAGGCUAGAGCUGCGCCUGGGUCCGUUUGAUUUAGCUUCCUUCACAGCCGAAUGGACGUAUCUUCUGAAAAAUUGGGUUAAGCGCAACUACUCUAGAGAGCGAGUGCAAUUAACCCUUGAAUAUGCUGGUAUAAACGAAGAAGACAUCGCAGAAGUUGUGGGCAUCUAUGACAAUCUCGUGUCAACUACGAAAGCCGAACCAAAGGCGACUUUGUCCCUUCCGGGCGAAACUCACGCACGAGAGUUGUCUAGCGUUAUCACAAGCUACGACAUAAGUGCUGCUAAAAAACUUGCUGGUCAUGCAAACAGUGGAGACCAGACUUCAGACCCACCUUUCAUCGCGUCAAACUGGAAGCAACUCUUUACAAACUGGAUUAUUCGUCACUUUACCCAAGAACAGGUGGAAACAGCACUUCGUCGCGCUGGACUAGAUAAAAAUGAAUUGCCGCUCGUCAUGACAACUUACAACAAGCUCAUUAACAGGAACGACCGUGGUUUCGCACAAAUCAAUGCUCAAGAAAUUGAGCUUGUGAAAGACAAAAAGAUUGAUAAUGCCGGUAUCAUAAACCUGUUGGCCAAUUGGGAACGGUUUGGAAUUUCUCGCAUUAAUGUGAUCAAUGCACUGGAACAAGCAGGGUGGAGUAAAUUGAAGAUGCUGAAAGUUUUGUCCUCUUAUGACAAACUCAUAAACUAA